AUGAGGAUUUAAACUUUGAAAAUGGAAUAGAUGAUAUUAAUACUUAUCUUGAUCUUGAACGGGUUGAUGAAUUAUCGUUAUAUAAUAUACAAAAAUUAAUUGAUCGUCUUGAAUUUGAAGAUCCGAUGGUUGCACAAGAAUUUGCUAUUAUAGACGAUAAUAUUAUUCUUGAAACUUUAACUGAUGAAGAUAUUAUACAAUCAGUACAGCCUACACAAAAUAAUAAUGAAAAAAAUGAAGAAAUAGUACCUAUUCAACCUAUUUCUUCUAUGACAGCAUUAUCAGCUUUAGAUAAUAUUUUAAGUUUUUUGACUAAUCCACCUGAUGGAUUUGCUGUUGAAUUAAAAAAUCUUAUGGAAAUUCGUUCUUUACGAAGUCAAAUCGAUGAUGAUUCUUAUGAACCAACAAAUUUUGGACGAAAUAUUAUUAUUUUCAUUGAAUGA